AUGAUUCUCGGCGUCACCAGCAGUUUUAAGAUACCUGUUGUAAUUUUAAUUUUGACAGUUGUUUGUAUUGGCUUUAUAACUGGAGAUGAAGAUGACAGAGAUGCAGAUGAUAUAUCAACACAAGGAACAAUUAGAAAAAAGAAUUCCGAUAUAUAUUUUAAUGUUUUAUUUAUUACCUUUGGAGUUGUGAUUCUAUGGAUGCACAUGUGGAUUGUCACCUUAAUGCUUAUACCCUUAAGCUUUUGUUUGGUCAAGAAGUUAAUAUUACACGAAAAAACGUUUCUUUUUGUUGAUGGAGUGUGUAGGUGGUGUUUUCAUUCUCCAAUGGUGGAAAUUAUGAGGAAGGUUAAUUUAUUUUAUUCAAAUUACAAACAUGUUAUAUUUGUUCAUCCACUCCCAUGUAUAGCAUCUAGUUUUCAAAAAGGCGAUAAGAAGUUACAUUUAUUCAUCUUGUCAUACCUUCCUGUUCUUACCAGCGUUGUUAUUAUUCUGAUGAUAUUCACAAAUGCAAUGUUUAUGACAAUAUUUGUGACGGUAAAGGUACAACAGGAAAGUGUGCUAGCAAUUCAGUUAGCUUCAAAUGUCAUAAACGAAACUGUUUCACAAAAUCCUGAAUACCAAGCCUGGCUACCUGACAAUGAAACUAUGCACAGAACCAUGGACUCUGUUGUGGAUAAAGUUUAUUUAGAGGGUAGAGAAUGGAUCUCACAAAAGCUAAAAGAAACUUCCACUCAGAACAACAAUUUAACAAAAGUUGAAAAGCAAAUUUUAAAGAUUUGGGACGAAGUAUAUCACAAUAUGUUUGUUGCUAAGCUAAAACCAAAAAGAAGAUUAUUAAGACAGACUUCUUUUAAAGCCGAUAAAUCAGGUUUAUUAUCUAGAAUUAUGGAUCUGUUGAACAUGAAUGAAGUUAUUUCUUGGUUACAAGAAAAUGUUUCUGCUUUAAUGUCACUGGGAGAAACUGUGUUAACGAUUUUAAGAAGCAAUAUUUCAUUGAUUCUAUCUACUGUUUCUGUUGUAUGGAGUGCAGUGUUAAAUGGUGGCACUCUCAUUUUAAACCUAUUGCUCUCAUUUGUUAUUUUUUUCACAACUUUGUUUCAUUUAUUAUCCGUCAGCACUGACCAAUACAAACCUAUACAAAUGAUUGGAGCUGCUAUCAAACCAUUUUUCUCUGAAACUCCAUUUGAAACUGCAAUGCAAGAUGCUUUGAGCGGUGUAUUUGGAGCAUCUUUAAAGAUGUUUGGAUUUUAUGGUUUAUACACUUGGGUGAACCAUUCAAUGUUCGGCGCAAACUUAGUGUACAUGCCCUCUGUCCUUGCUGCCUUAUUUGGUGUGGUACCACUGCUUACCACAUAUUGGGUGUGUAUUCCUGCUGCAUUGGAAAUAUGGCUUCUGCAAGGGAAUCCUUUGCGUGCAAUUUGUCUCACAGUGUUCCAGUUCUUGCCUACUUUAUUUGUGGAUGCUGCAAUAUACAAAGAUAUAUCAUCAAGUGGUGGAGGUGGACAUCCUUAUAUCACAGGUCUUGCUGUUGCUGGUGGAGUAUAUACAUUUGGACUUGAAGGAGCCAUUGCUGGUCCUCUUAUACUGUGUUUUCUCCUAGUUGUUGUAAAUAUGUAUGCUGCUGCAACACAAAAAACAAAUGAAAAUGUAUCCAGACGUUUACUUUGA